AUGGAGAUCCAAUUCUCGAUCCCUAUUAAUGGAGGGCGCAAUAACUCAGCUGGUCCUUCAACAUCUCCCACUGAGAGGUCUGCAAAUGCCACGGCUGCUCAUGGUGGCGGCACCCAUCGCUUUGCACUUGAGACAAGGGCCCGGCAUACUCGGCGCAGCUCAAGCAGAGCCCGUACAGGAUGUGCUACAUGCAAAAAGCGACAUGUCAAAUGCGAUGAGACUAAACCGUCAUGUCUCAACUGCUUGAAAUGGAGAGGUUCAUGCGAUGGCUACGCUGAUGCUUCGGCCCCUUCUGAAACCGCUGCCACAGAACAGAGACCACGCCCUACGGCGACCAGGUCGAAACAAGCAACAAAUUCCACAGCCAAGUCUCGUGCAGGUCCGAAAAUAAAGGUCAGCACAGGGUCCACGGCUGUUACGGCGAGAGUGCCAACGAUUCUAGAGGAACCUUCAAUCAACACAAUCUGCUUCACAAGCAGUGAACAGCGGUCAUAUUUCGAUGAAUGGUCUUCCCUCAGUGUUAGCUUCCUUAGCGGAGGUCUGGGAAAUUCGCGGCUAUGGACGACAACAAUGCCUCAACUUACGCUGCAGGAGCCCUCUUUACGAUAUGCUGCCAUGGCAGUUGGUGCAUUACGCAAGUCCUCCAAUGUCGAGUUUGAGGCGUCUUCUCCUGGAAACGAACUUGCAGGCGACAACAAACAUUAUCUCAACGCUAUCGUCUACUACUGCGAAGCUCUGCAAUUACAGGCAAAGGCCAGGCCGACAAAGGAAGGCUUACGUACAGCUUUAUUGGCAUCUCUAAUGUUCAUAUGCUUCGAGGCGCAAAGAGGCAAUAUGCCAGCAGCUCUUAAGCACAUCAUACAUGGCUUCAGCAUGCUUAACGAGCUGGCUGCAUGUUCGGAUAAAGCACCAAGUCUGGUCAGGAUAGCUCCAGCACCUCCUGCGUUGGUACAAGAGAUUCUGGACUGUUACAAGCCCCUGGAAUUGCAGUCACGGUCGUUCAUGGGUUCGUAUAGGAAAUUUUUCUUCCCUCCCAAACCACCGGCUGUCGUAGCCAACCAGACUGUUCCAAACCAGGCUUCCAGCCCUCACAACAUGUCGAGCCCAGUGAGUCAACCUGGCACACCAUGGGCGGGUGCACCUCCAGGCCAGCAGAACCCUGUCGGUCUACCUAGUCCUCAAAGUCAGGCAAGUCCACAAGCGAUGUCAGAUCAACAGACACCUCCACGAGCGCCACUGCAGAGGCCUCCGGGUAUUGCACCAUUUACCAAGCACUCACCCUAUUUCAGACCUAAGCAGACCAACAUCACCGUCAUCGACGAUAUGCCAGCAGCUUUCAGCACAUUGGAUGAGGCCCAUGGCUACUGGACUCUGCUGCAGAAGCUCAUGGUUCAAUACAUCCCUCUUUUGACGGCGACCACGGCGCAGCUGGCUUUGACAAAGGUCAAAGACAUGAGGGAAUUGGAAGCCAAGCUGUCUGGUGUAAGACAGAACCCACGAAUCGCCAAAUUUUUGGAAGAGUCAAGAUCAUGGCUCCAUCGAUGGUCGACUUCGUUCAGUCCUCUCCUUAAAACUGCUUCGGAUAACCGACCAGCCGACUCCCAGUCCUACUUGAACGCCAUCAAUCUACACAUUGAGUUCCUCAUCCUCUAUGUGUAUACGGCCAUGCCACGUUACUCCGGUAUCGAAACAGCAAAAGACCUCACACCGCAAUAUCAGCAAAUCAAUGCUAUCGCUGAGACGCUAAUUGCAUCUCGUCCCAAUUGUGGCUUUGCGAUGGACUCUGGCUGGACAUGGCCGCUCUUCGUAUCUGCCUUUGGGUGUCGAGAUCAAGCAGUUAAGGAGGACGCCAUCCGCAUCCUUGGAAAAUAUCCAAUCCGAAAUGCUCUGCGUGACAGUCGCGUAUUCCGUGCAAUCGCUCUCAAGAAUCAUGAGGUCGAGGCAAUGAACGCAUUGGAGGGCAACGAAGACGAGCAGUGGCUGCGGCUCAGAAGGAGAGAAUUGGUGUUUGAGGACCUUGGGAUGAACAUUAUCUUCCGCUAUGCAGAGAAGAAUCCGAUGACAGGAGAAUGGGACCUUGUCGAGGAGGUGGCAGCCUUUAUGGUGAAUGAGGAUGGGCAAUUGGACUGGCAUCGGCAGCCAAUCUCGGAAUCUAUCUCGAUUCUCUCGGGUGUUUGUUAG